AUGGCUCCAGUCACAGACUUUCAUAUCAAAGAGAAGUACACGUACCUGAAUGGCUUCGGAAGCUAUCAUGGGUAUGCCCAGUCCCAACGCAUUGAAACCGCGACCUGCUCAACUGCUCCAGGUCCGAAGCUCUGCCAGAUGCUAGUCCGCUGGUGAACAACUCGCCCCAGAAGCCACCUUAUGGCCUCCGCACAGAAAGGAUCUCGGGCACAGCAUUCACUGCUCCGCGCCAUCAGAAUCUUCAGACUUUCAUGUACCGGAUCAGCUCCUCGAUAGAACACAGCACAUUCAUUCCACAUGGAGCUGCUCCAAAGCUGCCGACUAAUCUUACCCCAAAUGCGUACAUGUGGCCUUCUUUUUCUUGCGCUGACGAUACGGAUUGGACUCGUCAGGAAUUGUUGGCCGGGAAUGGGGAUCCCAGUGCAAGGAUGGGAUGCGCUCUUUGGUUGUUCGCUAUAACAAAGGAUAUGCCUGAGCGCACCGCCUCCUCUUCCCUGGAUGGAGAUCAGCUCAUUAUCCCUCAAGCGGGUACGCUCGACAUCCAGACCGAACUUGGCAAGCUUCUCGUCCGUCAGAACGAGAUUGCUGUGAUUCCUCGAGGCAUUCGAUACCGUGUGACGCUUCCAGCGGGUGCUGCUCGUGGAUACGUCUGCGAGCUGUUCCAGAGUCACUUCCAGCUUCCAGAGCUCGGUGCGAUUGGUUCUACGGGACUAGCCAACGUUCGGGACUUCCAGAUUCCAACGGCGUAUUUCGAUGGUGAAUUGAAAGACGGCGUUGCUCGUGCCCACGAUACCGGGGAAUGGACGAUGCUCUCCAGACUGGGUGGAAGGCUGUGGUCUUGCGCUCAGAACCGAACCCCCUUCGAUGUCGUGGCUUGGCACGGUACGAAUUAUCCGUACAAGUAUGACCUGGCCCGUUUCUGUGUGCUGGAGAACGCAGUGUUCGACGAACACGACCCGUCCCUGUUCGUCGUACUGACAGCACCGUCCGGAGAUCCGGGUGCUGGCGUGGUAGACUUCGCCAUCGUGCCACCAAGGUUAUAAGUGGAGCUUAGAUCUCUUCAGCCCAAGGAAUGUGCUAACAGCUGCCAGAUGGAAAGUCACCGAGGAUACCCUUCGAAUCCCAUACUACCACAGAAACGUCUGUCCAGAGUUCUACGGUCCUAUCAUCUCCGCGCAAGAUCCAAUGCAUCCUCUGAAUGCCGCGAGCGAGGGUAAUGCAUUCUUCCCGUUCUGUGCUGGGCUCAAUGGGAACAUGGCAACCCAUGGUGCCGCCGAGGAAGAUUUCCAGAGGAAUUCGAACGAAGAGUUGAAGCCGACGAAGACGACGAACGACGGGUAUUCGAUUUUCCUACUGGAGACCCAGAAGCCGCUGUUCGUCAGUGAUUGGGCUGAGGAGGCCGCAAAAGGAAACUCGAGGCCAAAGAAGAGGGGGGAUGCCAAGAUGUGA